AUGGAUAACAAGGAGAUGAUGUUCUAUGAAGAUGCAGAAGAAAUGAGGAGCAUAUGCGCGACAGAGUCGGGAACAGGGACUCCGAAAAUAAAUCAUCCUGUGGUCAUUAUCUCAUGCCCUACGAGUAAUGAGGCUAGGUUUCAGGUAACACCAAAAAUUCUAAUCACAAAACCGUCAAGUUUCACAUAUAAGGAUGACAAAAUGGUCCCGUGGAAUUACGGAUGCAAUGUGACAAUCCCAGGAAAAGAAGUUGAGGGCAAUAUGGUAAAAGAAUAUCAGGAAAGGGGUUCUUAUACACGCAAUGGGAAGCGUUAUGACACUCAAGCAGAAUUACCAAGAGAAAAGACUCCGAUGGUAGAACAGAGGAAAGGGAAGGCAGCGGAACCUGAGCCAUUGGUUAAUGAACCAAUAAAAAAAGAAGAAGCAAAGGAAUACUUGAAGUUCUUGAAACAUAGUGAAUACAGUGUUGUGGAGCAACUGCACAAACAGCUAGCCCAUAUUUCAGUAUUAGCUUUGCUCUUAAGCUCAGAAGUACAUCGAAAUGCACUGAUGAAGGUACUAAAUGAAACAUAUGUGGCCAAUGACAUUUCAGUCAAUAAGUUGGAUCGGUUGAUCAAUAAUAUAAGUGCUGACAAUUUUAUUUUCUUCAAUGAUGAUGAAAUACCGUCUGGAGGUAGGGGUUCUACUAAAGCUCUACAUGUUACUACCCGAUGUCGGUGGGACAUAUUACCUGGGGUUUUGAUCGAUAAUGGAUCCGCAUUGAACGUAUUGCCUUUGUCUACUCUUAAUCGACUACCUGUGGACAGUUCACAUAUGAAAGCCUGCCAGAAUAUAGUAAGGGCAUUUGAUGGAACAAAAAGAGGGGUUAUAGGAAGAUUUGAAAUACCAUUAAGAAUUGGCUCAACUACUUAUGAGGUGGACUUUUUGGUAAUGGAUAUUAAGCCUUCCUACAACUGUUUAUUGGGGAGACAGUGGAUACAUUCGGCAGGGGCAGUACCUUCAUCAUUACAUCAGAAGGUGAAGCUAAUAUCAGAGGGUCGAUUGGUAACAAUAAGUGCCGAGGAGGAUAUCAUUGCGAUGGUAACGGGUGAUGCACCUUAUGUAGAGACCAAUGAUGAGGCAGUUGAAUGUUCUUUCCGGUCCUUGGAAUUUGUGAACGCAACGUUUAUCAUUGAAGGAAAUAGAAUUUCGGUACCAAAGAUAUCCAAGACUACUGAGAUGGGUCUGCAGUUGAUGGUAGGAAGAGGAGCUUCGCCAGGGAAAGGGUUGGGAAAAUACCUUCAAGGAAGGAUUGAAGCACCCAUGCUGAAGGAAAAGUUUGAUGGUUUGGCUUAG